UUUAUUUUAUUCUUUAUAUAUGAACGACGACCUUGCUUCUUUUCAAAAUACCAACUUUUUUACACCAACAAGGUCUCUUCCUUUUACAGUAGAAGAAGACCCUUGGAGUACUACAGGUUUUGAUCCUGUGGAUGAAAUAAGACAACCUCUUUCUCAACCUACUGCUAUGGACGAAGAAGUCGUGACUGAAGGUAUCACAGCUGCCAAUGUACUCCUCGGAGUCGAUUUACCAGAAGUCUUUGAUACAGCCUAUAUUCGUGCUGGGCCUAUUGGUGACCGAGUGAGCGUAGAGUCACUUGAGACCAUCAUUAGCUUAGGAGGCAUGGGACCACGUUUAUUUGAGCAAAUUUCUUCCAUGAUUGUGCCUGCUGGAGCUAUGUAUGUGACUCGAAAUGAGUUUAAUACAGCAUUGGCACUUGUAGGAUGCGCUCAAAAGAACAUGGAUUUGUCACUCUUGACUAUCUACCAACAUCGCAAUGAUUUGCCUAUACCUUCUUUAUCCAACUUGAACAAUGUGUCUAUCAAACGAACUAACCCACUUUUGGUAUCAAACACAAAACCUAAAGCUUAUGACGAUGAUCCUUGGCGACUUUCUACUUCGCCCCCUACUGACAAUGUUUUUCCAGUCUAUCCUGAUAAAGUCAAGAAAUCAAGCAACAGGGAAACCACAUCAGAGAAUGACAAUAGCACCAAAACAAUCACACCUGUGCCUAGUCGACUUGUUGAAGCCAUUGCAGAUAAAGCAUUUACACAGGCCCUUGUGAAAUCAUCAACAGAGUCUUAUCAAUGGUUUACUGAUCUGGAUCAAAUCACAGUGACAGUAGCUGAAAAAGAAGGCUUCUUGUUUACUCAUCUUAAUUAUUGGGUUCAGAGCAGUCAGCGACAGACGUCUGUUAGAAGACGAUACAGUGAUUUCUAUUGGUUUUGGGAAACAUUGUUAAAGCGAUAUCCUUUUCGAAUCAUUCCAGAUUUGCCACCUAAAAAGUUAUCUGGCAAAGACAAAGUGUUUCUUGAAAAAAGAUGUCAAGGCUUACAACGCUUCAUGAAUUCCAUUGUACGACAUCCAGUAUUGAAAAACGAUGAGCAAGUCAUUAUCUUUCUGACAGAACAAACGGAAUUCUCUGCUUGGAGAAGAGCUCAAUCGCCUCAUACGGAAGAAGAGUUUAUCAGGGCGAAUCCCCAGACAGAAGACCUUGAAGUGUUUAUACCAAAAGAUCUGGAUUCUCGCAUUGAACAGAUUCAGAAACGAUUGCCUAAAUCCAUUGAGAAAUAUGACAUGUUGUGUUCUAUUAUGGAACGUACCAUUCGGCUCAAUGAAGCAAGAGCACUUGAGAUGAAAAAGUACAAUGACACGCUCAAGCAACUGGGUGACAUUGAACAUGAUUGUUUUGUCACGAAUUGUCAAGCAUGCAUUCAAGUCGUCAAGGGCUAUGGACAUGUAGGCAAUUAUUUGGAUCAAGGCAGCCAUAUUAUUGAGACAGAGACAUCUUCUUCUAUUGCAGGCGUACUUGAAAACCUCAAAAGACAUCGCGAUGUCUCCAUUUCGUUUUUAGACAUGUUGAACAGAAAGUCGAGAUUGGAUGCAAAUCAAAUCAAUGCACUUGCUCGAAAGAUUACUGCUAAUACUGCCAAAGUCAAUCAAAACCGUGGUGUUCCGGGCUUAGAAGCUGAAGUGGAAAGAUUAGAUGCGCUUAUUAAAUCUGAUACCGAGAAAAUGAUACAUCAACAAAGAAAAGAUACCUAUAUUCGUUACUGUGUAGCUAGCGAACUGUCUUAUUUACACAAACAACAGGCAUUUGUGUCUUUGCUCUAUCAAAAUUUCGUGCAUGAACAACUUCAAUAUGCUCGUAAAACAGUGGAUAAUUGGAAAGCAUUAGAAGCUCUUUUAUGUCAAAUGCCUCCUAAACCAGAACACUUUGUCUAAUUUAUACCCGCAUAAAAAAAUAUAUAAAUAUAUAUAUAUAUAUAUAUAUA